AUGUUCAGCGUCCAGGUAAUCACAGAGAUCAUGCAUGUUCUUGCUAUCGCCGCCGGUUUUGCGGCCAUUGUCCAGGCUCCCGCUGUCCGUGCCCAGUACACUCUGAGUGAUAGAUACGAUUCAUCCAACUUCUUCAACACUUUUGACUUCUUCAACGAGGAGGAUCCCACUCACGGAUUCGUCGAGUACGUUGACGCAGCCACUGCAAAGUCCCAAGGUCUCGUGGCGUAUGUUGAUAAUGCCAUAUACAUGGGGGUCGAUUACAAAACUCAAAAUCCUCAGAACGGUCGUAAAUCUGUCCGCGUCCACUCUCAACAAUCUUUCACUCACGGGCUGUUCAUAGCCGAUAUUACUCAUAUGCCGGGAAGUAUUCCGGGGGUAUGGCCGGCGUUCUGGAUGUUUGGGCCUAACUGGCCUACAUCGGGAGAGAUCGAUAUCGUGGAGGGCGUAAACACCCAAAGCCAUAAUGGUAUAUAUCUGCAUACAGGGCCAGGCUGUGUUUUCGCCAACCAGGGUGGCGACGAGAGUCAUAACCAACAAGUUCAGGACUGUAGCGCACCAGGAGGUUGUGGUCAGAUUAUGACAGACAGCCAGAGCUAUGGCGACGGCUUCAAUGGUAUUAUCGGCGGCGUUUACGCGACUGAAUGGACGGCUGAGUAUAUCGCUGUGUGGUUCUUCCGCCGUGAUCGUAUUCCCGGCGAUAUCCGAUCCGGAGUUCCUGAUCCUCUGUCUUGGGGUCCGGCUACGGCUAGGUUUAACGGCAGUGACAGCUGCCGCCUUGACGAUCACUUCAAAGACCACCGUAUCAUCUUUGACAUUACUUUCUGCGGCGAUUGGGCUGGUUCUCCUGAAGUAUGGUAUUCAAAUCCUCAGACAGCCGCUCUUGGCGACUGCAAAACUUACAUCGCUUCCAAUCCAUCACACCUGCGGGAAGCGUACUGGCUCAUUAACAGCGUCGAUGUGUACCAACAAGGUGACCAAUAA